UGACUCAGUGACUCAAAAAUUUAGGCUCGCUCUCUCUUUUUCUAACAUUAUAAGGCCUUCUCCUCUUCUCUGUCUUCCAUUUUCUCUGUCUCUCUCUACUAUUCGUUAUCUGCCAUUUUCUCUCUCUGCUGCAAUUCUUUCAUUUGAUGGUGGAUUAAUGGCUGCAAGUGUAUUGGUAGGGAAAGAAUCUUAAACAAAAGAACUCUGAUCCUUCUCUGAAACAUUUUGGGAUCAGCAUUGUCUCUGUAUAGGCAAGGGACUUUUUGGUCAGAAAGCUUUCAAUAAUUACACUAUUGUUUUCCAAUAUGAUGAAGGAUAAGGAUUUAGUGAGAUUUGUAACUUCUUUGGAUGGAUCUGAACCUCCCUGUACUAGCCUCUGUUCUAUCAGUGACAGAAGGCCUGAGAUUGAAGAGUUCAAAGUGGGAAAAUAUAGCCCAAACUUAUCUUCUUCUAUUAGUAGUCCAAACAGUUCUAGGCAGGGCCUUUGGCAAUAUCAAUAUGACUUACCAACUGGGUUUAUCAGUAACGACUCAAAGAAUGACGAUUCUGAAUCUCAGGAAAGGGAGCAGAUUUUGUUGAGAAUCAGAGAGGAGUUCACAAAAAUGAAUUCUGACACCAAGAGUUUGUUGAGUAAGCAUGGUGGGAAGGAGGCAGAUGAAAUAUCUGCGUAUUCAAGAGUCAAUAAAGGCAGGAACAUCUUAACAAAUAACAAACUGCAUAUUGGCAGAAAGCAAUUGAAGACCGUGUCCACUACCUCUAGCCUUCGUCAGUUUCUUAUAAAUAAAACAUUGAAGGGAAAGGAGAUUGUUAGUAGAUCUCAAGAAGCUGGCAAUGGUUUUGGCAGUAUAGUUAUGGACCAAAAUGAUGAAAAACUGGGAUGUCUUGCUGAGGUAGCUUGUGAAGCUCAUGUAAAAUCAGGUGCAGACAAUGAUCAAAGUUCCUCACAUGAGAUUGUUAGGUCUGAUAUAAAAAAUGUUACUAAGGGGAUCUGCCUGAGGGAAUGGCUUAAACCUGGGUGUCGAAAAGUUGACAAAGUUGAAAGCCUGCUCCUAUUUAGGCAGAUUGUGCGGAUGGUGGAUUUCGCUCACUCUCAAGGUAUUGUCUUGCAGGAUUUGAGACCAUCUUGCUUCAUUUUGUUGCCAUCAAAUAGGAUUAAAUAUACUGGUUCUUCAGCCAUGGGGAAAUUAAAGAGUGUCAAGCAUCAUGAUUCGAACAAGAAAAGACCGCUGGAGCAGAUUGCCUGUGACAACCAUAUUUUGAAAGGAAAGCAAAUGAGGCCAAGUGAGUCUGUGAAAUCUCUAAAAUAUCAACCUAGAAAUGGGAAUGAAAAUGAAUUUUGCAUUCCUGGACAACAAUAUUCUGGGUACAAUGAACUUCAGUUGCGAAAGCAUGCCAGCAUCGAUAGUACAUUGAUUGCAAGACAACAGAAACCCAUUUCUCCAACUUCACAGUUGGAAGAAAAUUGGUAUACUAGUCCAGAGGAGCUUAAUGAGACAGGUUCAACAUUUUCAUCCAAUAUUUAUGGCCUUGGGGUUCUUCUUUUUGAGUUGCUCUGCUGUUCUGUAUCAUGGGAAGUGCAUUCUGCAGUGAUGUUGGAUUUGCGCAAUAGGAUUCUUCCACCAAAUUUUCUUUCAGCAAAUCCAAAAGAGGCUGGCUUUUGCAUAUGGCUUCUUCAUCCUGAACCUUCAAAUCGUCCAACAACAAGAGAAAUUCUACAGUCUGAAUUCAUUUGUGGGUCUGAAGAAUUAUAUUCUAAGGAAGUCUUCUCAAAGUCUGCUGACAAUAUGGAUGAAGAAUCAGAGCAAUUACGUAGUUUUCUAAUUUCAUUGAAAGAAAAAAUGCUGAUGCGUGCCUCUAAAUUAGUUGAAGAUAUAGGGUGCUUAGAAGAUGACAUUAAGGAAGUUCAGAGAAGGCACUUGUCUGGGGCAGCAUCAUAUUUUUCCACGGAAAACAGAAAAGAGGAUGGUCUUUGCACCAGUUUUGAUGCUUCUUCUCAAUCAUUUUCAGUUUCAGAUAAGGAUAAGGCAAGCUUGACGAGAAAUAUUGAUCAGCUUGAAGAUGCUUACUUCUCCAUGAGAUCCCAAAUCCGUCUUACAGAUACUGUUUCUGCAGCACGCUCUGAUAAAGAUGUGUUGAAGAACCGAAACAGGUGGUGUCAUUUAAGGAAUGAGAAUGAAAGUCCAAGCCUGGAAAAGAGCUCGAAUGAUAUUCUUGGAAACUUUUUUGAAGGCUUAUGCAAGUUUGCUUGCUAUAACCAGUUUAAAGUGUGUGGGACAUUAAGAAACACAGAUCUUUUCAACUCUACCAAUGUCAUUUGCUCUUUAGGUUUUGAUCGCUAUGAGGACCACAUAGCUGUAGCUGGAGUGUCAAAGAAAAUCAAAAUUUUUGAGUUUGGUGCCCUUUCAAACGACUCUUCUGCUGAUAUCCAUUAUCCUGUGGUGGAGAUGUCAAACAAAUCUAAACUCAGUUGUGUAUGCUGGAACCCCUACAUAAAGAACUAUCUAGCAUCAACGGAUUAUGAUGGAGUGGUUCAGAUGUGGGAUGCAGGUACGGGUGAAGGUUUCUCCCAAUACAAAGAGCACAAUAAGAGGGCUUGGUCUGUUGACUUUUCUCAAGCUGACCCAACAAAGUUUGCUAGUGGAAGUGAUGACUGCUCUGUCAAACUUUGGAGCAUUAAUGAUAAAAGUUCAAUUGGCACCAUCUGGAACCCAGCUAAUGUGUGCUGUGUUCAAUUCUCAAAUUACUCUACCAAUCUAUUGGUUUUUGGAUCUGCUGAUUACAAGAUAUACGGCUAUGAUCUUCGGCACACUAGAAUCCCUUGGUGCACAUUAGCUGGACAUGGAAAAGCUGUUAGCUAUGUAAAAUUUUUAGAUGCAGAAACCCUUGUUUCUGCAUCCACCGAUAACACUCUAAAACUUUGGGAUCUCAAUAAAACACUUUCAACUGGGUUAUCUUCCAAUGCUUGUUACUUAUCCUUUACUGGUCAUACUAAUGAAAAGAAUUUUGUGGGCUUAUCUGUUUUGGAUGGAUACAUAGCAUGCGGUUCAGAAACUAAUGAGGUGUAUACUUAUUAUAGAUCUCUACCAAUGCCAGUUGCUUCACAUAGGUUUGGAUCAAUAGAUUCUGUUUCUGGAAAUGAGAUGGGUGAUGAUAGCGGACAGUUUGUUUCAAGUGUGUGUUGGAGAAGAAAGUCCAACAUGGUUGUUGCUGCCAACUCUACUGGAAGUUUGAAACUGCUGCAGCUGAUCUGAUAAAAAGCUUUCUAAAACCAUUCUUGGGAUUGCUUCUGCCUGCUGUUGUCCUUUUCUGCUUGGGGUGGAAAUGUGAAUGGAAAACUGGAAAUUUUGCUACUUUCUUGUUGGAUUGAAAAUGUGCAGUGGUAACAGAAAUUAUCCAGUUUGAGGAUUAUAGUGGAAAGAGGGUAGUAAUGGAGAUAUGAAGGUGGCAUUUUGGGCUUGGCUUUUUUGAGUUUUGACUUUGGUUACAAAUCGGGAUUUGGCAGGUGUUUUUUAUUUUUUUUUUAUUUUUUUUCUUCCUCCCUAAUUCAUUGUAGAGAAAUUUUGGGGACAAAUUGAUAUAUUAAUGUGUGCGAGAAUUGGAAAGUUGAACCGCAUAAAAAACUAACUGCUUUUAACUUUACAUUUAAGAAGAAUUUAUUACCUCAGAUCAUUGUUUAUCUGGAUUACAA